AUGUCGUCGCCAAAGCUGUAUAGCACACUGUUGCCGCCUCAGCCCUGGGAGCUCAAUGCCUGCGCGUCGGCGGGCCUUACGAUCAGUCAGUUCAGGUUCACCGUCGCCUUCCUGCUGUCAGUGCUGGUUGGAGCGUUCUUGAGGGUAGUGCCACGCCGAGGACGCCACGCCUUCAGCGUUGUCACAGGGUUCCUCCUAAUCUAUUAUCCUUUCGGCAAUGGCUGCAUCCACGCGUUUGUGCCCUCUGCCCUGGUGUACUUCUGCAUGUGCCGCUUCCGCACGCAUUGCGGCACGUUGGCCUGGCUGAUUGCCUUUCCGUACCUCAUCCUGGCGCAUGUGAUGCAAGCUAGUGGCGUAGCAUGGAAGGAAGGGCACCUCGACUUCACCGGAGCGCAGAUGGUGCUGACCCUGCGCCUCAUUGCGGUAGCAGUCAGCUACCAGGAUGGCACCAAGCCCCCGGAGCGGCUCAGCGAGUAUGCCUCCAAGAAACAGCUGCGGCAGCUGCCCUCGCUGCUUGAGUAUUUCAGCUACCUGUUUGCGGCGGGCAACCUGCUGGCGGGGCCCUUUUUCGAGGCCCACGACUACUUUGACUAUGUGGAUCGCAAGGCAAGCGAGGGCAAGAGUGCUGGGGGACGGCACAACAUGCCGGUGGGAGCGCUUGGCUGCUGUGACCUGAUGGCGCUCAUCUGCGCGGCGCUGUGGAUGAAGCUGUCGGGGACCUAUGGCGCAGAGAGUCGCUACUUCCAGGAAGAGGUCAGCCUGGCGCAGCGCUUCUUCCUGUUGUGGGUCGUCGGUUUUGCUGCACGAUGCAAGUACUACUUUGCGUGGGCGGUGGCCGAGUCGUCGCUCAUCUUCAGUGGCCUCUGCUACAAUGGGCGCAAUGCAGAGGCAAGCAGGCGGAUCAGAUUAUGCACGGCACACAUGCCUGGCCGGCCGCUGUGGAACCGCUACAUCAACAGCCGCAUCCGGCGCGUGGAGUUCAACGCCUCCCUGCCCAACCUGGCCGCCAACUGGAACGUGUGCACCGGCCUCUGGCUCAGGCACUACGUGUACGAGCGGCUGACGCCGGUCGGCAAACGGCCCACCUUUGGCACGCUGGUCACCACGCAGCUCGUGUCGGGUGUCUGGCACGGGCUCUUCCCCGGCUACUGGCUCUUCUUCGCCACCACCGCCAUCAUGUUUGAGGCGGGCAAGACGCUGUACCGCAGGUAUGAGCAGAGCUGGCCCGCCGCUGUGCGCACCUUCCCGGUCUGGGUGCUGGCCAAGCUGGUGUUCAACGCCAUCAUCCUCAACUACGCCGCCAGCAGCUUCAUCGUGCUGUGGCUGCAUGACUGCCUGUCCAUCUGGCGCUCUGUUUAUUUCUUGGGCCACAUCAGCACUCUGGCCAUCAUUCUGGUGGGCAUGGCACUGCCGCCGCGCAAGCCCAAGCGGGAUGAAAGCCUGAAGAAGGAGAAGUGA